CGGUCCGUUGUCGCUCUCGUCACGCCGCCAGCCAACUCUCCCGUCCAUGGUCUUGCAAGCCGCGCGAGGCCAGCUGCUGCCCCCCCUCGCUCUUUGUCGUCGUGGAACAAAUUUGAUCUGGCUCGUCGCCGUCGCUCAAGGCCACGUCAUCCGCAUCGCUGCUCCCAGCCCCUGGCGCUAUAAAACGAGGUGGCUGCCUCCGUCCUCGCUGCACCGCCAUCGCAGGCUCCUCAACACACGCACCCCUCCGCCAUGACUUCCACCCACGAACAACUCGAGACCAAGGGCUACGUUGUCAUCGACAACCUCAUCCCCGAGGACCUCUUCAACUCCCUCGUCGAGGCUGCCGAUCGUGUCAUCGCCAAGGGCCGCAACUCUGAGUGGCGCGAGAGACGCACCGUCGGCAAGCAGUUCCCCCCCUGGCCCAAGGACGAGGCCAUCCACGAUAUCUGGGGCGUGCAGCACGUCAUGCACCCCGAUCUCGGCGAGCCCGUCUUUGCCCAGUACUACGCCUCCGAGCCCAUGCUAAAGGCCAUCAGCGAACUCCUUGAGGUCUCUCCCGACCAGCUGCAGCUUGAGCUCUUCAACCUGCUGAUCAACCCCGUCGACAGCGAGUUUGCCCUCACUUGGCACCGCGACUGCAUCGAGGUCAACGUUUCCGAGGAAGUCGAGCAGGAGCGCCUCAAGAUCCCCCACUAUGGCACCCAGUGGAACACUGCCCUCUAUGACGACUCGUGCUUCAUCUUUGUCCCCGGCUCGCAUAACCGCCUCCGCACCCCCGAGGAGCGCCGUGUCAACAUCGAGGAGCCCUACGGCCACAUGCCCGGCGAGGUUGUCCUCCACCUCAAGCCCGGCCAGACCGUCUUCUACAACAACAACCUCCUGCAUCGUGCUCACUACCCCAAAGGCGUCAAGCGCGCUACUCUUCACGGCUGCAUGGGCAUCACCACCGGUGGCCCCACCCGCGCCCAGAACAUCUUCCAGCACGGCCUCGACUGGAUCAAGUCCGAUCGCUUCCGCGAAACCCUCCCUGCCACUGCCCUCCCUCUGCACGACAACCUGCUCCGUCUUGCCGAGGCCCGCAAGGACGUCAAGCUCGAGUACGACCACCCCAACGACGGCUUCGUGGUCACCAAGGAGGCCUAAACGCAAUGCACAUCCCCCUGUCGUCAACACCGACCCCUCCAUACCAGUCACUCCUUGCAGAUCGUCCUCUGGACUCGACCACCUCGUCUCCGUGCAAAGCUUUGUCUCAUCUGAUAUCUUCAGCCUCGGCUGAGAACACCAGAGACCCGACAGAUUCCUGCACGUGUAUAUGUUUCUGUUCACCAUUUUCAAAAUACAA